AUGUGCAUUUACCUCGGUAUUUUAAAUCUGUUGACAGUUUGUGUAAUGAUGGCUCAGCUCCAGCAGGGAGGCCCAGAUGAAAAAGAGAAGACUACUGCAUUAAAGGAUUUAUUGUCUAGAAUAGAUUUGGAUGAACUAAUGAAAAAAGAUGAGCCACCACUUGAAUUUCCUGAUACUCUGGAAGGAUUUGAGUACCUUUUUAAUGAAAAGGGGCAGUUAAGACACAUAAAGACUGGGGAGCCGUUUGUUUUUAAUUAUCGUGAAGAUUUGCAUAGAUGGAACCAAAAGCGCUAUGAAGCUCUGGGAGAGAUCAUUACUAAAUACGUUUAUGAACUACUGCAAAAGGAAUGCCACUUGAAGAAAGUAACUCUCCCAGUUGAUGCGGCUGAGAGUGAACCAAAGAGCUUUAUCUUUAUGAGUGAAGAUGCAUUAACGAAUCCUGACAAGCUGCUGGUCCUAAUUCAUGGCAACGGCGUGGUCAGGGCGGGUCAGUGGGCUAGGAGACUUAUAAUUAAUGAAGAUCUGGACAGUGGCACGCAGAUACCAUACAUAAAGAGAGCUGUUGAGGAAGGCUAUGGAGUAAUAGUACUGAAUCCCAAUGAGAACUAUAUUGAAGUGGAGAAGACAAAAGCCCAAGUACAGCUGUCUUCUGAUAGCUCAGAUGAACCUGCAGAAAAGAGGGAAAGAAAAGAAAAAAUCCAGAAGGAAACAAAGAAGCGACGUGACUUCUACGAAAAGUAUCGAAAUCCGCAAAAAGAGAAAGAAACUAUGCAGAUUUAUAUUAGAGAUAAUGGAUCUCCUGAAGAACACGCAAUUUAUGUUUGGGACCAUUUUAUUUCCCAGUCAGCUGCAGAGAACGUGUUUUUUGUUGCUCACAGUUAUGGCGGACUUGCCUUUGUAGAGUUGAUGAUUCAACGAGAGGCAGAAGUAAAGAAUAAGGUAACUGCUGUGGCGUUGACAGACUCUGUUCACAAUGUGUGGCAUCAAGAAGCUGGGAAAACUGUUCGAGAGUGGAUGCGAGAGAACUGCUGCAACUGGGUGUCGAGCUCGGAGGCCCUGGACACUUCGGUGGAGUCCAUGCUGCCGGACUGUCCCCGCGUCUCUGCAGGUACGGAGCGCCAUGAAUUAACCUCCUGGAAGAGUUUUCCGUCCAUCUUCAAGUUCUUCAAUGAGGCGGUGGAGGCAAAGAACAGCUCGGUGAAACCAACCCCGACGCGACGCUCCAACAGGAUAAAAUACGAAGAUUUGUAA